AUGAAAAAUAAUGACAACGGGGUGACAUUUGAGUGUGAGAAUUCGAUACUGUUGCGCACUCAACGUGUAAGUACGUUGUCGGAGUUGAAGAGUUUGAUAUUGAGCAACUUCGGUCGUAUAGAAGCGAGGGAGGUCGGAAGGGUAGGGUAUAAGUUGCUAGCAAAUAUGGGUAAUAGAGUUUUCCGAUUUCGACAAUUUCGCCUUUUAGGGGACGAGCAUGUUCGACUCAUGUUCGACAUCCAUGGGAGGAUCAUGGUGGAACAGGUGACGGAGCUUUACGUCGAAGUUGGAGAUAUUUGUGGUGGUGGUUCUGUACAUUCGACCAAUGUCCAGGACGAUCGACCUCUUGCACCACCACUGAUCCAUCUCGCCAUUCCAGUUGACGAGGCGGAGGAGGGCGACGAGGAGUUAAACGAAGAAUACAUGGCGGAUAGUGUCGACAGUGAUUCCUCCGAAAGGGACGAUGAGGAGGAGUUUGUACCCGAGACGUCCGCCCAGACUGUGGUGCGCCAUGUCUUACCUCCACCUCACCCAAUUCCGACGCUAUUAGCAGUGCCAAGUCACUAUCAUAGUCUGGAUCUUGACGCCAUGCAUGAGAGGAAUCUAUUUUCUAACACGGGAGAAAAAGAUUACAACUUGGACGGUGGGUGCCGGCAAGCUGCAAAUGGGUGUCAAUUGAGCCUCUGUGUGGCCCUUCGACAGAACCUUGGAUACUGUGAGGUUCGGAGGGUUGGUGGAGUGUACAGUUGUUUAGCACUCACCAUGUCUCAAGACCAUCGUCAGUUAGACAGCAGUCUUAUCUGCAGGGUCAUAUUGCUGUUGAUACAGUCCAACCCCUCCAUCAGCAUUUCGAUGUUGCAAGGUGCGGUAUGGGCGAGCUAUCACUUCAAACCCUCUUAUAGAAAGGUGUGGAUGGCGAAGAAGAAAGCAAUUGCGCAGAUCUACAGGGAUUGGGAAGAGUCAUACAACAUGGUGCCGAAGCUGCUUCAGGCACUAUAG